AUGAGCUCCAUAAAAUGUGAAUCGACUGCGUCACUUUUGGUGGGCUGUCGGCUGCGUGUGCGCAUGCGGAAAACUGGCAAAUGGAAACUGGCUGAGAUUGUGGGCAUCAAGACGUCGGGUGAAGAGCGUCAGUACUAUGUGCACUACCAUGAUUUUAAUAAGAGACUAGACGAAUGGGUUUCCGAUGAUGAUCUGGACUUGAGCAAAGUUCAAUUUGCUCGCCGUGCCAGCCACCAAAUCGCUACUGGGUCGGGUGCCGAGAUUUCUAAAUUCCAUUCUUGGCCGAUCGCCAAAGAGCCACAGUUCAAGGUACCACAACAACCUGACGAUGGCAAUCCGCCUACCCAUGUCAAGGGUGGAGCGUCGCAAAGACGCAGCAAUCGUAAGCACGUGGUGGGCAACGAAGGAAUCCUACAGGCUGCAGCAGGUGGCAACGAAAAUGGAUCGCAAGGUGGCACGAAGCCAAAGUCACGAUCGGGAUGCAGUACAUUGAAGCAUCAACAUAAUGUGGUAGCUCGUAUGAAGAAUGUUGAAAUAAUUGAGUUGGGUCGAUAUCGCAUCAAACCCUGGUAUUUCUCGCCAUACCCUGAGGAGCUCUGUCUAAUGGACUGCAUCUAUUUAUGCGAGUUCUGCUUAAAGUAUUGCAAGAGUCGUGUGUGCCUCGGACGGCACUUAAUCAAAUGCACUUUGAAGCAUCCACCUGGCAAUGAGAUCUAUCGCAAGGACUCAAUAUCUUUCUUCGAGAUCGAUGGUCGCAAGAACAAGGUGUAUGCACAGAAUUUAUGCCUAUUGGCUAAAUUGUUUCUGGACCACAAGGUGCUCGACUUUGACACGGAUCCGUUUCUGUUCUAUGUGAUGACAGAGUUUGACUCGCGCGGAUUUCACAUUGUCGGCUACUUUUCUAAGGAGAAGAUCAGCGUCGAAGACUACAAUCUGGCCUGUUUAUUGACACUUCCACCGUAUCAGCAAAAGGGCUACGGCAAGCUUCUCAUUGAGUUCAGCUACGAACUGUCCAAAUAUGAGGGCAAAACCGGCACCCCAGAGAAGCCUCUUUCCGAUUUGGGUCUGCUGUCGUAUCGGUCAUUUUGGGCGCAGGCUAUACUCGAGCAGCUGGUCAACCAGAAGGCAGGAACGGAUGGCGAGCGGCCCUCUAUAACAAUCAACGAUAUUUCCGAGCGUACGAGCAUUAAAAGGGAUGAUGUAAUCUACACACUGAAGAGGCUUAACCUAGUGACUUACUGUAAGGGUCAGCACAUAGUCUGCAUCAAUCAAAAUACUAUCGAUCAGCACAGGGCCGCAAUGGAGAAGCGUAAAAUAAGCAUCGAUUCUAAAUGUUUGCAGUGGACCCCCAAAGACUGGUCCAAGACAAUAAAUCGGCUAUACUAACCGUAAAGUCCAGAGUACAGCUCGAACCUUUUCCAAACGGAACUUCAC